CAAACGCCCUAUUACACACCGAUACCCAAUAUGGCGUCGCCCGGAGGGAAGGGCGACAGCGGGCGGUUUGAUUUUGAUGCCUGGUGCCGUACGAACAGAAUCCAUGACAGGAUCGUGGAUUUCCUGCGUUUCCAAGAACUGAUGACACCCAGGCUGCUGUCCCGGCUGACCGACGAGGAGAAGGUCAUGCUGUCCGAGGAGGAAGGGGUACAGCAGCGUGACAUUGCCAGGCUGGAGGCCGCCAUAGAUCAGCUGUUUCAUGAAGGGCACAGAAAGUCGUCAGCAGGCUUCUCGCCUACACACCUGUUCGCUUUGGAUAAACUCAGGACCUACAGUGAAUCGAGUGAAGCACAGAGAGAAAUCGUCAAGACCAAAGCCACAACACUUCAAGACAAACAGCACAACGGCAGAAGUGAACACCGUGGACCAUCGGCCUCGGCUUUUGACAGAGAUGUUGUCCGUAAAACUUUUCCUCCAUCAGAUAACAGAAACAGAUAUUCUCUUAGACCAGAGACACUUUCGAAAACAAAGGGUACGGGUUCACCAAUCGUCUCGAACGAAAAGUCAGCACGGGCGAAAGGAACGGUGACCUCAAACGGCGAGGGCAGGGUUGAGAGAAUGCGCGCGCUCUUUUCAAGUUCCACAGAAAACACCGUCUCGUCACGACUCAAAACAUUUGAAGAACUGAAAACGUCUCCAACAAAAACACCUGCGAGGGUUGAAGAUUUAAACAAACCAGAUAAAGGAAGAUCCUUCGUUCCUCUGAGGGACCAUGUUAGUAAAAGGUUCCCCUACUUGACUGAUGAGUCAACCAAAAGGCAUUCUAUGCCUCUGGAGAAAACAUUUCAGCAAACCGCCACGGAAAAUGAAAAAGCGGACAAUCCCCACGCCCCUGUUGAAGAGUCUGGCCAUCCAACAUCCUUCAGGCCGUCUAGGUUAGGCUAUAAGAGUGAGUCAGAUAUAUUGAACCCGGAAUCUUCCAUAAUGACCAGUGCAAUACCAGAAGAAGGCCAAUCACCUGUGGACAAAAAUGUCUCUUCUGACUGGCUCUAUGACGUUCCAAAACCUAUGAAAGAUAGAGCAGAUAGUUUUAAAAGGUCCGAUAUAUUUCGAAGGCCCCUACGCCCUACCCCUUCCUUACCGUCAUCGGGUAAGGAAGACUUCUUGAAGAUGAGCUCAAAACAAGUAGCAGAAAUCGACGAGGAAAUGGACCACCCCACGUUAGAACCCGACGACAUGACGUUAAGCAAAGAACUAGAAACGGAGUGGUUUCAGAGAGCACAUCUGCUCCGGAACACGUCACCAAUGCCCGCAGCGACAGUGAGACGGAGAGUUGAACCUCAUGGGCUCUCGUUGGUUUCAAAGCCCUUCGACCAUUGGUCGCCAUCGGAGGUGCGGCAGUACUUCGAAGCCGAUCCCCAGGAGGACAUUCGACGCCACGCCAGUCUAUUCGAAGAGAACUCAGUGAGCGGUUGGGACUUGGUCUCCAAAGACGACAUCGACAGCUUCCUAAAGAACGAGCUGAAGAUAGCCAACGCAGGGCACAGGAGGAAGAUCCAGCGGAGGAUCUCCACUCUCCAGCGGCGGGAGGCGCUCAGACCAGGCGCCGUCCCGUCCCCGGUCGCCGAGCCGAAGAACCUGACGAUCGUCUACAACGACGGCAGGAAGGUGACGGCCACCUGGAAGCCCCCGCGUCACAAGAUCGACGCCUACAUGGUCACCAUCACGGAACUGUACGAGCCUUACACAGAACUCGUCAUGAAGAGGUUGAGUCACUACGAAGACACGUCGAUCACGUGCGAGGGGCUGCAGCCAAGGACGCACUACGUCAUCCGCGUGGUGGCGCUUUGCGGAGACGAGGAGAGCGAACCGCUUUCCCAACCCUUCCGCACGAGCGAGGAACUCCACGGCGACUCGUCCCCUCGGACCGUAAAGAGAAGCGCCUCCAUCAACAAUCAAAGCCACUACAUGACCCCUGCCCCGCUCUAUCACGUGUACCAGACGGAGAGGAUACCGAUCCUGGUAAAGAGCGACACUCAAGGACCGCCUACUCUCACCUGGAUGUCUUCAAGUACCCCCACGUGGGACAAGUUUCCUCAAGUCAUCCAGAGCGGAAUCAAGUACCGUCUUACCCCGACGCAGAGGCAGCUCCAAGAGGCUAUGUUUGAGGUGCUUUCGUCCGAAGAGUCCUUCAUCAAGAGCAUGUACGUCUUAGGGGAACACUUCUUGAGGAACCUGGAGAAGAAGAACGUCGCGGGCGGACAGGCGCUGACCUUGAUCUCCGUCCACGUCGCUCACGUCAUCAACGCCAGCCGGGCCUUCCUGUCCGACCUGCAGGCGCGCGUGCGCGAACAGGCGCCCGUCGUCUCCGACGUGUGUGACAUCAUCCUCCGCCACGCCAGCAAGCGGUUCCAGGAGCCGUACGUCACCUACUGCAGGAACAUGCACUACCACUCCAAGGCACUGAUCGGGCUCAUGCAAGCCGACAAGUCCUUCUGCGACGACGUGCGGCAGUUAGAAACCGACCCGCAGUGCGGAAACCUCCCCAUGACUGCCUUCUUGUUGACGCCUAUGCAGAGAGUGACGCGCUUCCCCCUCCUUGUCGACCGAAUCCUGACGUUCAGAGACGUAAACUCGGAGUUGUUUUUGACAGCAGAGCAGGCCUUACAGACGACGAAGGCCCUUGCCGUAAAAUGCAACCAAGCAGCCUACAAAGAACAACAGGCUAUGGAGCUAGAGGAGCUGGUGGUCAACAAACUUCGCCUCGCGAAAUGCAAACCGCCGUUUUCUUUGCUGGACAAGAGCCGCUGGAUUGUGAAACAGGGAGAGCUCAUCUUGGUGAGGGACAAGGGACCAAACACCCACCGCUAUGUCAUUCUUCUAUCGGACUGUCUUCUCAUCGCAAAGAAGCUUCACAAGCGGGGAAGCGAGGUCACAUACGAGCUGGUCAACUACUGCAUGCGCAACAGGCUGGAUGUGGAAGAAGUCAACAAGAUUUACGACGACUCGGAAAGAGCCAGCUCGUCAGACGGAGGCAAAGGGAGGCUGUCAUCCUUUCUGCAGUCAUUGUAUUUCUUCAAGCCCAAACCAACCAGCAAACUCCGCGUGACCCUGCACGAGGACAGCUCCGGGCAGCACCAGGAGAUGGUGUUCUCCCUGAAGACGGAGAGCGAGCUGACGCGGUGGGUGGAGGCGCUGCAGUACAGCGCAGCCGAUCCGCAAGGCGGGAAGAUUUACCCGGACUGGGACUGCCCCAUGACGGUCGUGACGAAGAGCAGGAACGCCGCGCAGCCGGACGAGCUGUCCCUGGAGAAGGGGGACAUCGUGAGGGUCCUGAGGAAGAUGCAUGACGGCAUGUGGCACGGCGAGACCAUCCAUGACGGCAGGCAGGGCUGGUUCCCCCACAUCUGCGUGGAGGAGGUCAAAGACAGCGACCACUACAAGGCCAAGCAGCUCAGGCAAAAGCACGGCUCCAGUCCAGAAAAAGACGUCAAAGAGUACACAUACGUGACACUGUUCGACCUGGAGCCGGAGUUCCCGACAGCCCUGCGCCUGCAGAAAGACCAGAAAGUCGAGAUCCUAGAUUUCAGGGACGGUGAGUGGUACCAGGCCAGGCUUUUGGACACCUUAGAGGUCGGACUGGUCCCGGCAGACUAUGUGGCACCCAUGGACGACCUACUGAGGGAAGAGUGGUACCUGGGAUCCAUGGACAGGAAGGACGCCGACGCUCUUCUGCGGGCCUGUGGCAUCGGGACGUACCUGGUCAGGGAAACACACAACACUAAAGGGCCGCAUGUGUACACGAUUUCUGUGAAGAACAAGGACAAGGAGGGGAGGGAGGUCAUCCGGCGGUUCAAGGUGGAGAGAACCAAGCACAACAAGCUGCGCGUCUCCAAGGAGCAAGAGUUCGACACCUUACAGGAGCUGAUGAAGGACCUCAUAGAGAAAGGCAGCAUUGCUGGCUGUCCCCUUGACCAGCCUUGUCCCAAGCCCAAACCGCAGAUCAAGGACUUCAAAGGCCGGUGGGAGGUGUCCAGGGAGAGGAUCAAACUGGGCAAGAAGCUGGGCCAGGGGCAGUUCGGAGACGUGGUGGAAGGGUUCUGGAAUGGUACCGGUGACUCCGACGACUCGCCCGUGAAGGUGGCGGUGAAGACGACCAAGGCCGGGUCGACCGUCUCGGCCUUCCUGCAGGAGGCGGAGAUGAUGAUGAGGCUGUACCACCCGAACCUGGUGCAGCUGUACGGCGUCUGCUCCGAGAAGGACCCGGUCCUCAUCAUCACCGAGUUCAUGGCGAACGGCAGCCUGGAGAAGUACCUGCGGCACGGGCAGGGCAGCGGCUUCACACUCAUGGAACUCGUCAAUAUAGCGGUACAGGUGUCUGACGGGAUGGCGUACCUGGAGGAGAACGCCAUCGUGCACCGUGAUCUGCGGGCGGCUAACGUGCUGGUGGGGGAGGACAGCGUCUGUAAGGUGGCCGACUUCGGGCUGGCCAGGAUAGACCACUACAAGGCUUCCUCUGCCCAGUUCCCGAUCAGAUGGACGGCUAUCGAGUCCAUCCAGACCCACGAGUUCACGGUGCAGUCUGAUGUCUGGUCUUUCGGUAUCCUCAUGGCGGAAAUCCUCAGCAAGGGGAAGGUACCCUACAUGGGAUGGGACAACACCCAGGUGCUACAGAGGGUGGUGCAGGGUUACCGGCUGCCGAGAGAGAGCAGCUGGCCGGAGAGUCUGUACCAGCUCAUGCGCCAGUGUUGGGACAAGGAACCGGCCAAACGGCCCUCCUUCAGUACACUGCGCGAUACGCUGAGGGACUUCCUCCUCAAUACCAGGGAAUAGCAACAUCAACAUGUACAGCAUUUCUGCUUUCAUGGCAAACCUAUGUCUUCCUUUCAAAGAUUACUGUGAAAAAGUUAAGAAAGCUUUUAGUCACAUUCACAUCGAGCAUGCCACGAGACCAUAUCAGAGUCUUAAUGACACUAUGACAAAACAGGAGAAAACUAUUGAAUUCAUGUAUAUGUCUUUAUUUUUAUAAUCUAUAAUCAUGCUGUACAGAAUUUCUGAUAAAUCUUUUAUCACAUUUAAUGUAUGAAGAUAUUCUACUUGAAGGAAAUGUAUUUUGAUAUGGCUGCUAUGCUUUUGCUACUGACAAAUGUCUAAGUACAAGUGAUGAAGAUGUUGCAAAAUGAACACCAGUGUGUGCAAUAAUUGCAUCAAUAUGCUUUUCUCUAAAAAGUGUGUAUACUUUUCUCUAAAAAGUCUCUAUGUACGUAAUACUGGACAAUCAUGUGAAAGGAUUGGCUUGUGUGUAAACCCAGAGAAAUCAGACUUGAAAUAAAAAUGGAAAAGAUAUGCUGAAGUUUCAUAGAUCUAUACUUUAUUCUCAUAAAGUUGCCACCUUCUUAAGCAGCAAGACAUACUGUAAACUACCCCUGACGCUGCUGAAGGAAAAUUGAUAGUAUGCAAGUAAUAUGUAUAUUAACCAAUACACCAGACAGUACAGGUAGAUACUACUAGUAGUAUCACGCUGAGAUCCAUCUUUUAGUAUUACAGUAUAUGUUCAUUAACAGAGGCCUACAGAAUGGGUAUGAAACCUAGGUCUAUAACUAUCUACAACUUGGGCAGUGGAUGGAACUAUGCAAAUAUUGAAGAAAAUUAAGUUGAGGUAGAAAACCAAAAUAAAACCCAAAACAUUCUACGUUUCCUUGUUUUAAGCUCUACGAUUUUUUCUUAGCCAUUUUCUUUACUCCUUUUGCUAGACAUACACAAGAACAAUAAUUCCAUCAAUGUGUUAGUGAUAUCGAUUAUCCCUACCGGUAUGUAAACAAAUCAAGGAUCAAACAAAAAUGAAGUUCAACAUACUAUGGAGAAAUGAAAAUGCCCCAAGUACAUGUACACCAUUCAAUGAAAGGCACUACAAAUAUGAAUGUUUUAUAUGUAAACUACAUGUAUAAGCAGCAUGAUUGUCAGGAUUAUGCUAAUGAAAUCUAAACAGAGAAAGGCUUAUUUCUGAAAAUGACCGAAGAGUAAUUGCUUUAUUUAGUACUUUUUAAGAUUACCCAGCUACAUGUAGUACAUGGAAGGCACACACGGAAAGGCAAGCUAUCAAGCACAUGAUGCAGACUCAUUACAUGAGUAGGAGAUUAUGUACAUAUAUUCAGCUUCAUUCUAAAGCUUUUAGUUUUAUCAUAUUUCUAGAUUCUUCUAUCGAAUGUCUUUGUAGCCUGUACACAUACACAUACACAUCUUUUCAACAUGUAUCCUAUUAUACAGUUAUACAACAGUUUCUACCGACAAAGCUAUAGAUAAUCUUUAUUCAAUGUUCUCCUUAACAUGUUUCAAAUAGGAAGGUUUCUACUCUUCAUUCAAGUCAUAAUUUAAAGACUAGCACAGGUUUUAAA